ACCCAAACACAUUCACCCCUUCUUUCCUUUUUUUUUCUUUUUUCUUAUUCUUUCUCACUUUUUACAUUUAUAAAGUUUUUUUUUUCCAUUAUGACUACUGUCCGAGCCUUGAAUGAUGAUGAAGUCUUCAAUGAAAUGAAGAAAAUGGUAGCUUUCAUCAAGCAAGAAGCUCUUGAAAAAGCUCGUGAAAUCAAAGUGAAGGCUGAUGAAGAAUUCAAUAUUGAAAAGGCCAAGAUUGUCCGUCAAGAAUCUCUCAACAUUGAAGCUGUUUUCGAACGAAAGAUUAAGCAAGCUGAAGUGCAAAAACGAAUCUCUCAAUCCAAUCAUAUCAACAAAGCUCGUCUUCGUACACUUCAAGAACGCGAACAUGUACUGGAUGAUUUGUUUGAAGAAACUCGAAUUCGUGUUCAAAGUCUUUCAUCUGAUGAAGGUAGCUAUACUGAAUUGGUGAAAGGCUUGGUGCUCCAAGGUGCAUAUACUCUUAUGGAAUCUGAUAUUGUUGUCCGUUGUCGUGAGCAAGAUACUGAUAAAGUUCAAGUGGCUGCCGAAUAUGCAAAGACAGAAUUUGAAAAUACUUUGAAGAUUCCUUUGAACGUAACUAUCAGUGAUGAUUAUUUACCAUCUUCCAAUGCUGGUGGUGUUGUCUUAUCUGGUUUGAAUGGCAAGAUUAUUGUUGAUAACACUUUGGAAGCUCGUUUGGAAAUCGUUAAAGAUGAUAUGCUUCCCCAACUUCGUGUCAUUCUUUUUGGUCAUUCACCUAACAGAAAAUUCUUCAAUUAGAAAAAAAAAAAAGAUAGGUAUCAUACAUUUAUCCCUUUUCCCCAUCCUUUUUUUUUUCUAUUUUAUUUUUGAUAUAUAAUAUGUACGUGUGAACGUCACAUACCCUCCAGAUCCUUUUCUAUUUCAAUAAAAAAAUCAACAACAAUUAUCUUAUUUUGCGAUUGUAA